AUGUACUUGGCGUUGCCCGUGUGGCUACUGCGAGACGGGCAGUACAUACUGACGGUGACCCCGGCGACCUCCGCGACCCCGGUGACCCCCGCGACCCCGGUGACCCCCACGACCCCGGUGACCCCGGUGCGGCCCCACUCGGCCUACGCGCUCUUCUUCCACGACACUCUGGCGGCCGUCAGGGGCCAGCACCCUGACGUCUCCUUCGGGGAGGCCUCGCGCAUCGCCGCCAACACGUGGGGCAGCCUCGCCCACCAGCACAAGCAGGUUUACAAGAAGAAGGCUGACGAUGCCAAGAAGGAAUAUCUGAAGGCGUCGGUGGCCUACAAGGCCAAGUUAGCCGCCAAGGUGAGGAGUCGGAAGCACGAGCAGCAGCAGAAGCGUCGUCGGUUCGUUCGUACGGAGUCUCACCCCCAGGGUCUAGAGUAG